AUGAAGCAACAUCUUGCUGGUGUGAGUGGUCAAGUAGCUUCUUGUAAGAAAGUUCCUCAUGAUGUACGUCACAGGAUGGUUGAGUCUUUGAAAGGUGGGAGAAAAAGGAAGGUUGAUGAUAGAAAAGAACAAGAACAAGAACAAGUAGACAUUGGGGACCUCGAAACUAAUGAUCCAAUUGCCCCUACUCCAAUUAAGACAGUCCCUGAGAGAAGUGCCAAUAAGAGGCAAGCUUCUACUGCUUCAGUUGAGAAUUAUUUUGCCCCCAGGACAACUCCUGGUUCCCAACCUAGCAUCAAGAGUGUGCUUGCAACAAAAGAAGCACAGUACAAUGCAAAAAUGACUAUUGCUGAAUGGGCUAUCGUCAAUUGUAUUCCAUUUAAUGCAUUAGAUUGUCCUUUAUUUCAAAAAGCCAUAGAUGCUAUUGCUUCAAUUGGGCCGGGGUUCAAAGCCCCUAAUGCUUAUGAAUUUAGAAUCAAUUUGUUGACAGAUUGGAAAAAGGAAUGUCAAUUACUUAUUGAGAGUCAUCGAGCUAAAUGGAAAAACACUGGAUGUACACUCAUGGCUGAUGGUUGGACAGAUGUGAGGCAGCGAACUUUGAUUAAUUUCUUAGUCUAUUCUACAUAUGGAAUGGUUUUUGUGAAAUCUGUUGAUGCUUCAGAUUUGGUAAAAGAUGCUAGGACUUUGUUCUCAUUGUUCUGUGAAGUGAUUGAGUGGGUUGGUCCCAAGAACAUUGUUCACGUAGUGACUGAUAAUGCUGUAAAUUAUGUAGCAUGUGGCAAGUUGAUUAAGGAAAAAUAUAAAAAUAUUUAUUGGUCACCUUGUGCUGCUCAUUGUUUGAACCUUACUUUAAAAGAUAUAGCAAGCUUAGAAAAUGUGUUAGCACUUGCAACUAAGGCAUCAAAGAUAACUGUUUUUGUUUAUAACCAUAUGAUCUUCUUGUCAUGGCUUAGGAAAAGAUAG